GUUAGGGUUGAGACUGGGUGUAGGGCAGGGGUUAGGGUUGAGACCGGGUGUAGGGGUUAGGGUUGAGACUGGGUGUAGGGCAGGGGUUAGGGUUGAGACUGGUUGUAGGGCAGGGGUUAGCGUUGAGACUGGGUGUAGGGCAGGGGUUAGGGUUGAGACUGGGUGUAGGGGUUAGGGUAGGGACUGGGACUUCAGUAAGGAUGCUGUCAGUGGUGAUAUUAGGUGUGACCCUGUCCCUGCUCAUUCUGCUGACGGUGUUUGGUAACGUCCUGGUAUGUCUGGCCGUCUGCGCCACACGACGUCUCCGCUGCCUCACCAACUGCUUCAUCGUUUCCCUCGCCAUCACUGACCUGCUGCUUGGCAUACUGGUCCUGCCCUUCUCCGCCCUCCUCCAGCUCAGCGAUUGGCCGCUGGGGCCAACCCUCUGCAACAUCUACAUCUCAUUGGAUGUUAUGUUAUGCACUGCCUCUAUCCUCACCCUAUUGGCCAUCAGCGUGGACCGAUACCUGGCUGUGACCGCACCCCUUAGAUACUCGUCGCUGGUGUUGCCGAGGGGGGUAGCCAUAACUAUGGCUUUGGUGUGGGCGGUGUCGCUGGGGGUGUCGUUCCUACCGAUCCACCUGGGCUGGAACACUGUGGACGGCAGUGUGCAGAACCGCGGCCCGGGGGAGGAGAGGGAGUGUAAGUUUGAGCUGAACCCUUCGUACGUUGCGGUGGACGCCUCCUUAACCUUUUACCUUCCCCUGCUGAUCAUGUGCUGGAACUACCUCCGCAUACUCCGCAUCGCCCGGGCCCAGGCCAGACGCAUCAUCCAUGCACGACCCAACCUCAACAACAACAGCCCCUCGUCAGCCCCUCGUCAACUCACCUCAGUAACAGCGAUGGCUCUACGGGAACACAAAGCCACAGUGACCCUAGCAGCAGUUAUCGGAGCGUUCAUGGUGUGCUGGUUCCCCUACUUCACCCUGUUUACUAUCAUGGGUCUGAGGAUGCAGGACUACCCAGCAGCCUACCCUGUGGUGCUGUGGCUGGGGUACAUCAACUCAGCUCUGAACCCAUUGCUCUACGCUGCCCUCAACAGAGACUUUAGGUCCGCCUACGCCCGCCUGCUGCACUGUGGUAACUAUGGAUACGGCAGGGGGAGGGGCGGGCCAGCGUCGCCCUACAACAGGACCACGACGGGUAAAAGGAACAAGGAGAAAGACAACUCACACGGUGCGGGGGAGGUAGGUGAGGGGGGGGUGUCGCUCUGCUGCGUGAACACACCUCUUCCUGUAGGGCGGGGCCAGGUGAGACCGGUGUGAUGAUGAUGGUACAGGAAGUCAGAGGAACAACCAUACCUUCCACUCAGCACAGCACAGGGGCGUCUGCCGCCAACGACCUGUGUCAUUCUAUAUCCUGUGUGUCAGAUGGCGCUGACCCUGUGUCUAUCUGUGAGGAGGAUUCAGUGUCCUACCUGUCCUGAAAGCUGAGCCCAGGACCAGCCAACUUAACUCAGACACCCAGCCCAGGGGAUCAAUCACAGACAGGACACUGGGAGUCGUCUAAAAUAUCACGGACAAUCUGCAACAAGGAAUCCCGGGGACCUUUAACCGCAGAACUAGAAUGAGACUAUUUCUAUCCCUUCAACCAUUAAGCAGUGACUGGGGAAGCCCACAAGUCACUUUGUUCUGGAACACUGAUACCUGGAAAGUAAUGUCAUUGACAGACAGACAGACAGACGGACGGACAGACUGACAGACGGACGGACAGACAGAGUAGACAGACAGAGUAGA